AUGGAUCUUAGCAUGUGGUUACCUACAUGUCAACCUCCUCAUGCCUUGGUUACUUUUGGUUUUGGUGGGAAGUUGAUUGUGAUGAAGGAUACAAAUGGUUCCACAUACCCAUUGAAAAUCAGGAGUGAUAGUGAGUUCCACCCUCAAGAUGGUGUCAUUAAAAUGUCCAAGACUGGACCCGGCACCCGCACCAAUAAAACCAAGAAACAAAGAGUUCCUGGUGUUCUUUCUCAGAUGAGAUCUAGCUUUCAGGGUAACCAAUUCCCUCUAGCAGUUGAAGCUGCUAGAAAAGCUCUUAUUCGCAGUAGAAACUUCAUGCGGAAUCAACCAAUGACUUCAUAUAGACCAAGGCAAGUUGUUUUUUUCUUUAAUAACAAGUUGUGGGCUGGUGUACAAAAUAGGGGUGCUACAAAUGGAGACUUUGCUGUUAAGCUAUUGAACUACUCACAUCCUGUCUUCCCAUUGAAAAUCAGGAGAGAUACUGAGUUCCACCCUCAAGAUGUUGCGGGUGAUUGGUUGAACAUGUGCUGCAACAUUAAGCUUUGGGAAUUGGCUUUCUCUGCUAACUGGGCCCAUCCUUUUUCAAAUCUAGCACCUGAUGCUUUCCAGCCACUCCAAUCACCUUUUCAUAACAAAUAUCAUUCAUCAACUGAAAUCUCUGCAAUGGCUUCUUUACUAUAUGGAGAGAAUGCAGAAGAAGCUGCUGCAUCGGCUGAUUGGAAAUUCCCUAGAUGUAGAGGAAUCUGUAAUUGCAUUUUUUGCAUAAAGGACACCCCGGAUGUAGCGGUUACUAGACCAUUUGCAUCUGCAAAGAAAGACACUUCUCAAUAUGGCGAUUAUGGAGCUUUUGCUAACUGCUUGCAACAGUUGCCACCAGAAGGACAAAUUUGUAACCCAGAGUUGCAUUUGGAACAUGCUAGCAAUAACUCUCUUCCUGCAAAUGGUAACGACUCAAUAACACAAAAAUUACGAGUUACCAACAUUCAACAUGGCAAGAAAGGUGCUUUAUGUUUUGAUGCUAGCAUUGGUCAAGGGGGUACUACUACAAGGAAGGUGCUUCAUUACACACUUGCUUACAACAAUGUACACAAAUUAACUAAGAAAAUAGCAAUGUAG